CAUUACAAAGCCACGCGACUGUAAUCAACAUCAAGCGAUAUAGCCGCUCUCGCCGCCUUUUUAACCAUAGUAAAGCUUUAAAAGAAAAAGUAGACAAAAUAUUGGCUUGGGCUGUAUCACAAAAUGUUUGACCAGAUAACGGGACGGGUGGUCUCAAUGCCACUGCAGUAUGAUCAAAACGUAAAUGCUGGCUCUAAGUGUGACCCCAUGGAAGAACAAUCAAAGUACAAAAAGAACGUUGAUUUAAUGUACAGAUAUUUAUUCUGUCAUUUCAGGGCCGUGGCAGGGGGGGGGACACUUGGAGAAAAUGCCCCCAUCCCCCAAUAUUUUCAAAAAUUACAAGAAAAUGACCGGUAGGGGGAUCUGCUUUCAGGUUGUGAUUUGUCAAUUCAGCUCAGAAAUAGCCAGGUUCAACGGUUGAAAAACAAAACAGCUCUGCGCGCAUUAGGCAAUAUGAACGCCCGAUCUUUAGGUCGGGUAAGUAUAUUUUUGCAGCAAUGCGGUUGGCUUGUAAUAUCCAUUUAACGACUAUGGAUUAUCAUAAUCUGUUUUCACGGAUUGUCGUGAAUUCCAAAGUCUAACAAUCGAAGAAAUAGUGACAAAAGCACCAAGAAGGGUAGCUUUAGUAUUUUUUUUGUAACAUGUGCUUCGGUUCGCCUCAUGCUCACCGUGGUGAGGUUAUUGUGUCAUUCCAAGAUUUGUGAGCGAGGGCUGAUUAACGUGAAUCGUAAAAAUGGUAUUUUAGCUUCUUGGAUCACCAAGAAAAAAUACCUUUUUCAAUUUCGGUUAGAUUGAUUGUCUUUAAUUUUUUGUAAAGCAUCACUACUGCUGCCUAAUUUUUGAAAUUAAUAUAAAGUUAGAUUUGAAUAUUUACGUCGCUGAAUAGAAAAGAAAGUUGAUAGACGUAAGUACAACUAACUCCUUAAUCCAAACAGCAGUUCACUGACUAAUUACUUUUGUAAACUAGUGAACUGGAACUGAGCGUCCAAAGUUGAAUUAAUCGCAUUAACGACUGGAACCUCUUUGUUGGAUCAUACUUAUGUGAUAUUGGAAAGACCAAGAUGCCGGAGCAAACUUGUUACGUACACAUCCCUCACACAAGCCCGAUGGACUCAAACCUCAUCCAUCAGUACUUGGACGUCCGCGCUGAACAGCAUCCCGAGACGGAGGCAAUUGUUAUAUACGACGCUGAUAUGAACCGGUCGGCAAUGACGUACCGGCAGCUCAAAGACAGGUCGAUGCACCUCGCGGCCUCGCUUGUUACGCUUGGCUUAUCACGUGGUCAACACGUGAUUCUCAUCGGCGGCAACACUCUAGAGUAUGUCGUUUUCCUCAUGGCUCUGCAUCGCCUCGGCGCCCACGCGAUCAUUAUGGGCCCAGGAGACCUAACGCCGGAGAGGACCGACGUCAUGAUCGGCCUUGGAUGCGCGAUGGUCGCAUUCGACGCAAACAUGAAACCAUCGCAGCAGCGACAGCUCUGGAGCAGCAUAGAGAAACUCAAUACAAACUGCAAAGUGACCCUUGUCUCUAUAAGGGAAUUUGAUUCGGAAAUGAUGAUAAGUCCAAGUGGCGAGGUUCUUCGGUACGCUACACUUCUAGAGGAGGGAGAGACUACAGGAACAGAGGGACUUCUCAAGGCACAGGCCGUGGUGCAAGUCGAUGACCCUAUUGUGACAACCACGUCUUCAGGGAGUACAGGCGUGGCAAAGCUCGUCCAAUUUACCACACACUGCUUGGUGAACAUCAAAGGCGGGCCUCGCGCGGCCGCAAAGCGCAGCCAGGUGCGCGCAGUCUCGUACAAUGACCGGCCAAUUGCUUGGGUCAGUGGUCUUGUGUCCCUGUAUAACAUUCUUUACGGGGAAAUGACGUCCGUCUGGGCACCCGUGGAGAAGAUACUGACGAAUGAGUACAAGCAUCUUGCGUUUGAGAUCAUGGAGAGGGAAAAAUGCACGGCUUCCUCGGUAAGGCCCUUCCAGGUGGCGAGUCCUGACGAAUGGAUUAAGUACGACCUAAAUAUCAAGAUGGCGAUCUUCUCUGGGCGAUGCUACACCCCUGAUGAGAUCGUCAAAACAAUGGAGGCUUUACCAGGCGCAAAUGCGCUUCACAUAUAUGGCGCAUCGGAGGCAAUGAAGAUUGCUACACGCUUCAUCAUACGGAGUGCACUCCAGGACAAAGCAUCUCUGUGCAAGCUUACACUCAGUCCAGGCGUUGAGUUGAAGAUCAUCGAUGACAAGGGAUGCUUGGUGCCCCGAGGAGAGAUGGGGGAAAUUUGCGUAAGAAAUGAGUGCGUCUUCAUGGGGUACCUAGGACAAGAAGAGACCACGAAAAAAGUGAAGUCACCCGACGGCUGGAUUCGAAUGGGUGACCUGGGUGUGAUGGACGAAGAGGGGCGGCUCCAGGUACUGGGGCGAAAGGUAGAAGUCAUCAAAAAGGCAUCCGUCAAAAUAGUCCCCGGAGAGAUCGAGGCAUCACUCAUGCAACACCCAUUGCUUGCGCGGGCUGUGGUGAUUGGUGUUCCCGAUCAGGUGUUUUACCAAGAGAUUUGUGCAUGCGUGGAAUUCCAUGGCAAAGGAGAAGACGCAAGCACAAAGAUAAUGGAGCUCGACAAUUGGUGCAUUGAGCAUUUCCCACCAAGAGCCAAUGGCAUGACUGUAAAACCCAAAUACUUCGUCGCAUUUAAAGAGUUCCCGACGACAGUUACCGGAAAAAUUGAUCUUUACAACCUCCGAAAAAGAGCAUUAGAACAAUUAAGUUUGGCCUAAGCACAAAGUUAUACAAACCAAGUCUGAACUAGCAUAGGGGAAUCUAAGGCCUUACUUUGCACAAAGUUAUACAAACCAAGUAUGUACUAUCAUAGGGGAAUCUAAGGCCUUACUAUGCACAAAGUUAUACAAACCAAGUCUGUACUAGCAUAGGGAACUAAGGCCUUCAUUGAUAUUUUUGGGGCUAGAGAGGGUACACGGGGAUUUCCAGUCAGAAUCAAAUAACAGGUGUGACCAAAAGCACAGACGUAAGGGAACUAUAAGGAUAUA